AACCCAGCAGACAUGGCGGACAAUACAGAGGGGCCCAGCGACGCCCAAAUCACCUUCAAGGUCAAGGCCUCGGGCGACAAGAACCAUACCAUCACCAUGGCUGAGUCUGCCACCAUCCUGGACCUCAAGAACAAGCUUGCCACGGAGGAAUUCGAGAACAUUCCCGUCGAGCGCCAACGCCUCAUCUACUCUGGCCGAGUUAUGAAGAACGAGGAUACUCUGGCCUCCUACAAGGUGAAGCCGGGCAACACAAUCCACCUCGUCAAGAGCGCCGCCAGCAACCCAACGCCUGCUCCUAGCAGCGCUGCCUUGCAGCCUGUCCCUCGGGCCAUCCCCAACAAUAUGGCAGCCGGCACCUCUGCGGACAACCUCUUGGCCGGCCUGACGGGUGCUCGUUUCGCUGGCCAUGCCAAUCUUCCCAGCGCCAAUCUCUUUGGUGCCGAUGGAGGCAUGGGCGCUCCACCAAGCGAGGACCAGAUGGCUGACAUGCUGUCCAACCCGAAUAUCGCCCAGGCCAUGAACGAGGCCCUCAACAACCCGGCAAUGGUCGACCUUAUGAUCCAGUCCAGCCCCAUGCUGCGCAACAACCCCCAGGCCCGCCAGAUGAUCCAGUCCCCUAUGUUCCGCCAGAUGCUUACCAACCCACAACUUCUGCGACAGGCUGCUCAGAUGCGCCGAGCCAUGGCGGGAGGCGGCGGGGCAGACGCUUUCCCAGCGCCCGGCGCGACCGAUACAACACCGGCUGGGGCCCCGGCCGCAGGUGGUGCUGAGAGGGGGGUUAAUACACCAAACCAACAGAACCCAUGGGGGCUCCCAGGGUUUGGCAUGUUUCCUCUUCCGCCCGCCACGGCUGGAGGUGCUGGCGAAAACCCCUUCAUGGCUCUGAUGAACCCCUUAGGGGCACCGCCUACAGGCCAGAUAGCCGCCGGUCAGGCGCCUUCAGGCGAGGACGCUACCCAGCGCAGCGCCUCUGCGGCCCCGGGCUCGACCCCUGAUGGCGCGCCACAGGGCGGAGCUGUCAAUCCAUUUGGUCUUACACCCGAGACGAUGCAACAAUUCAUGCAGAUGAUGGGAGGUCCCAUGGGCGAGCCAUCUAUGCCCGUAGACAAUCGACCACCGGAGGAGCGCUAUGCUGAUCAGCUCCGCCAGCUGAACGAAAUGGGCUUUUACGACUUUGAUCAGAACGUGGCUGCUUUGCGACGUAGUGGUGGCAAUGUGCAGGGUGCCGUCAACUUCCUUCUGGGAGGCUGA